CCUGGACCGGCGCCUUCGCCGCUGCCCCUGAUACUUCUGCUGCUGCCGCCGCCACCGUCGCGACCGCUGGAGAUGGAGGAGAAGGAGCAGCUGCGGCGGCAGAUUCGCCUCUUGCAGGGUCUCAUAGAUGACUACAAAAACAUUCAUGGCAAUUCUCCGGCCUCAUCGAGUACCCAGUGGCAUCAGUCCGUAUACAGCAGUGGCAGGGCUUUCAAUACGCGAUAUCCUCGUCCUGCUCGGAGGGGUUUCCCACCACAUCAUGGGCCCUCCUGGCGGAAAAAAUACUCCCUUGUCAAUCGUCCUUCUGGAUCCAUGGACCAGCCUGGGGAUAAUGGAAGCACUAGUGUAGCUCAUCCUUCCUUCAGUUCAGAGGACAGUCAGGACCCAUCUUCUCAGCAGUAUGUCCUUGAGAGGCAGGUUCAACUCAACCCAGAUCAGAACAUGGUAAUCAAAAUUAAAUCACCACCAAAGUCUGAUUCAGCUGUUGACUCGGAUGCGUAUCGGUGCUCAAUUGAUGAUAAUGAAGGAAGUCAUAGGAGUGAUCAAAGGCCCCAGGAAGGUGAGGGAGAUCCCCCAGGGGGGAAGUUGCAGGGUUCUCGGUCGAUAAAACUUGAUGAUAGUAGUAGUAAGGAUGACCCCCUUUUGGUCUGUCUCAAAGAGCCUGGAAAGCCCCGGGUUGUGAGGUCUAUGGGCACUACUUCUGGGGGCUCUCAUGAACCUCGAAGGACUGUUAGUGAAAGUGCCAUUGUAUUAAAGUCCCGGUCUUCUUCUGUCCUGCCUCCUCAUAGUGGUUCAAGUGUUGGGAGGAAAGCAGGAUCCUCUGUUCCAUCCAGCUUAGGCUUACAGCACGCUGGGUCAGACAAAGACUCUCUCCUUAGUCAUCCAAGCAGCCCUGCAGGGGUAGGGGGGUCUGUCACUGUUACAAGGAAACACAGUCACUCCCCUAAACAAGUCAGAGAAAGCUCUUUGCUGGUGCCUUGCAGGACUAAUAAAUAUCGGAGAAACAACUAUAGAUGGGUUAAUACUUCAAUGAAGAACCCCAGGGCUGUAAGAAGAUAUUCCAGUCCAAGAACAAUGCCUGAGACCACUCGAAAGGUAUCCUUUGGUCCGUUUGAAAGAACUGGAAAGUCACAGCUCAGGACUGACCUAGAUGCCAAGUCAAAGAAGACCUCAGUGACAUCCAAGCCUGGAACCUCAACCAGCAAGUACAAAUGGAAAGCUUCUAGCGCAUCAUCUUCCUCUUCCUCCUCUUUAUUUUGGCAGUCUGAUCCUGCCAACAGAGAGAGGCCCUCCCACCCCUGCUCAGGAGACUCAAGAUCUCCCAUGCUAAGUAGAACAGGAGUGGGAGUCAGUGGAUUAAAGACCGCUUAUGGUGAAGCACCCCUCUCUCCUUACAAAGUAAAGAGCCGAACCAAGAUCAUUCGAAGGAGGGGCAGUACAAGCCUUCCUGGUGAUAAGAAGAACUGUCCUUCACCAUCCAAUACGCCAAAGAACCAUUAUAGCCUCCGUCGGAAACAUAGCGUUCGGGGGAAAAUCAGUCCUGUUCUGAAGAGGACUCCUAACAAAGGGCUUGUGCAGAUUACCAAGCACCGGCUAUGCCGGCUACAACCACCCCGGGGUACUUUACCUGCUAAGGAAGCAACAAGCUUACAUGCCUUACGGACUUCUCCAUCCAACAAAGUGAUUAAGACCCGUUAUAGGAUAGUGAAGAAGAAUUUUCCAUCUCCAUUCAGUGUUCCACCUUUCAACAUUCCCAGUUCAACAUGGAGAGCCAGGCGGCUUGCAGCAUCCAGACUGAAUCGAAUGCGACACUCAGCCCUGAGUGGGAAAACUCAAACAAGUCCACCAACGUGGAAGAGCAAAGGCUACCGUUGCAUCGGAGGCGUCAUGUACAGGGUGUCUGCUAACAAGCUUUCCAAGACUUCAGGGAGGCCUAAUGAUGGGAGCAACAAGCAGCUUCUACGAGGAGGAAGGUCGGAUGGAGCCACCAGCAGCCCCUGUUACUCCCCGGGCAGUGCUAGCCUAGGUCGAGGAAGUACGAGUCGCUCGAUUGCCAGCCGAGCCAUCCAGCGAAGUCUGGCUAUUAUCCGCCAAGCCCGGCAGAAGAAGGAGAAGAAGCGGGACUACUGCAUGUACUACAAUCGCUUUGGAAAGUGCAACCGGGGCCAGCAUUGUCCCUAUAUUCAUGACCCUGAGAAGGUGGCUGUGUGUACCAGGUUUUUACGGGGCACAUGCAAGAAGACAGAUGGGACCUGCCCAUUUUCUCACCAUGUUUCCAAAGAGAAGAUGCCUGUGUGUUCCUACUUCCUAAAGGGGAUCUGCAAUAAUAGCAACUGCCCAUACAGCCACGUGUAUGUGUCAAAGAAGGCAGAGGUCUGCGUGGACUUCCUCAAAGGCUACUGCCCCAUGGGAGAAAAGUGCAAGAAAAAACAUAUGCUCCUGUGCCCAGACUUCUCCCGGAAAGGGAGCUGCCCCAGAGGCCUGCAGUGCCAGCUGCUCCACCGGCCCAGGAAGCGCCACAAUAGGCGGUCUGCUCCUCCACAGGCCCCUGAGAACAGCGACUCACCCACCAAGUGGAGGAGAUUACGGAGUGCCUGCCCCAGGAAGUACACAUCUCCGAAAUCACACACCAAGAACGCCUCCAGCUCCUCCUCCUCUUCUUUCCUGUCAUCAGCAUCAGCAUCUUCCUCUUCAGCAUCUUCAGAUGCUGAGGAGCCACAGGAAGGGAACAUGGAGGCACCAGGUUCCAGGAACCUCUCCAAGCUGCCCUCCUACAUCUCUUUGCAAUCUUCGUCUAGCCCUCGGGGCCACUCGGCUUCCCGAAACCGUAGGAAGAGCCCAGCCAAAGAGGAGACGGGUUAUCCAUGGCGAACAUUUGAGCCCAAGUUGCCUCCCCGCCUCCGUUCCGCGCACUCUCGCCACCCAGCCCAAGUGGGCCUGAGGGAGGCAGACUCAAUGGAACCCCAGCCUGAGCCACGCAGUAUUAGGAGGGGAAGCCGCUGCAGAUCAAGCCUCGACUCUGAGUUGCCCAGGGCCCGGCCCAUGAGACGGCAGCGCCCCUCAGGAAGCCCAGCAGCCCGGCCCCAGAAUGGCGCCAACCUCAAGGCCCCAAAGGCUUGUCGAAACCGCUGCCACUGCCAAAAGAGAGGUCGGGGCCGGGGCCGGGGCCCUCGCCCUGCCAGCGCUCGCCGAGCCACCAUCUCCCCAAUCCCUUCAAGGAGCUGGCGGGCCUUUUCCCCCCUUGACUUUUAGCCUUUUCUUAUUUAAAGAGUGACCAGGGCCUGCUCUUCUCCCACUUUCCUUUCCUCACUUUUUCUUCAUCAUACGUUAUCCCCCUCCCCUUCCCUACCCCGAGCCGGGUCUCAGGGCACAGGUCAGCAUAGCCAUGCCCCUGAAGCAGGAAUCAAGGCCACACCAUACCUCCUUCCCCCGUUCCGAGGCCCCUCCCCCAUCCCCAGAGCCCCAGUUCUCUCCAGCCCAUCAGCUGUGAAUAGAGUUUGGGGACCCAGUUCCUUAUAGGUGGAGUGCUCGAGACAGGCCUUCCUCACACUUGGCGCAGGGUAAGGAGAAGGUGGACGAGGAGCCUUCUGGAGAAGGGACGCUUUCCUCGUGUAUCAGAUCACGUAGCUGCAGAGAAGGCGCAGGGGCUCCUUCCCCUGGCUCCCGCCACAAGACCGGCAGCCCUGGGUUACGCACCCAGCAGCAACACGGAGUGCCCUUUUCCCCUCUCUGGGGGGCUCAGGGCCCAACAUUUCUCCUCUCCUUAAGUUCCCAGCUCUUCCCUCCCCCGUUUUCUCUGACCUCCUUCCUCGCCCUCACCUGCUUGUGCACGUGUGAACGUGAUCUGCUCUGUGGCUCUGAAAGCGGUAACCAAGGCACCCUGAUCCCCUCCCAGUGGCUUCACUGAGGACAGCCCCCCAGAGAGGGGGCCCCGGUGUGUCUUGCCCCUGCCCACCACCCCUGUGGGCCCACUGCUGGCCCGGCCGCCCUGGCCUCUUUUUGGCAUUUUAUGUUCAGCAAUAAAAGUUCCUGUGUCUUA